AUGCCCGAGACGCAGCUGCGGGUGGCCAUGGCCUGCGAGGGGUGUGCGGGAGCGGUGCGGCGUGUCCUGGGCAAUCUGGAGGGUGUGGAAAAGGUGGACAUCGACCUGGCAAAGCAAAAGGUGACCGUGCUGGGCAGCGCGGAUCCCAACACGGUGAAGGAGACGGUUGCCAAGUCUGGAAAAAAGACGGAGUUCUGGGCCUGA